CGUUUGCCGCUGAGCGGAUGACCAUCUGUCGUAAAGGUGGAUGGUCGCCUAGCAGCGGCUUUCAACGGUCCCGCUCUCGAGGCCGCCGGGCAAGGAGGGUGAACCAAGAUGGCGCCCAAUCUAGAUUGGGCUCAAUUCAUGAAAGUUGAUCCAGACUCAUUGCCAAGUCGAGAGAAACUGGCAGAUAAGUUGUUGGACACAAUAUCGAAGGUUGAAGGAAAUGAAUUGACAGCAGAAGACCCAGAGAAACUAAUUCAGCUUUUUCGGCUCACCCAGUCCUUAAUGAAGAUGAAAGCGCAGGAAGUUGAGUUGGCUCUUGAAGAAGUUGAAAAAGCAGGGGAAGAACAAGCCAAAACAGAAAACCAGCUGAAAGCAAAGGUUCUUAAGCUAGAAAAUGAAUUGGAGAUGGCUCAAGUGAGUGCUGGUGGGCGUGAUACCCGAUUCUUGCGAGAAGAACUGCGUCAAGUGGAAAGCCAGCUGCAGUACAAGGACCGGGAGCUUUCAGAAAUGGAGAAAGAGCUAAACAAGGAAAAGAAAAUUGUUGAACAAGUGGGAAUUCGAAUCAAGGAGAUAGAAAAUGAAAAUAACAAGCUGAGAAGAGAGAAAGAAAAACUUAAAAGAAAGAAUGAUCAGCUACGUCAAGAUGUUAUUGACUAUCAGAAACAAAUUGAUUCUCAGCGGGAGACUCUCCUUAAUAGGAGAGGAGAUGAUUCAGACUACAGAAUACAGCUGUCCAAAAAGAACAAGGAGCUUGCACAAUAUUUGGAUGAAAUUCAGAAUUUGUCUGAGGCCAAUGAAAAGCUGGAGGCACAGAACAAACAGUUGCAGCAAAAACUGGAAGAGUCCGUGCAAGAGAUGGACAAGAUGACUGAUGAAUAUAACAAAAUGAAACUGAUUGUGCAGCAAUCUGACAGUGCUAUGGACCAAUUCAAACGAGAAAAGGAGCAGCUGUUGCUUCAGGUGCAAGAUCUGACCAGCCAGCUGCAAGCUGCAACUGAAGAAGAAGAUCCUGUGAUGUUGGCAGUGAAUGCAAAGAUUGAGGAAUGGAAGAAAGUAUUGUCUGCCAAGGAUAAUGAAAUCAGCGAGUAUCAACAGAAAUUGCAAGAACUCCGAACUAAACUAGUAAUUACAGAGUUUGACAGUGAUAAGAGCAGCGUCAUUACUCUCCAACAGAUCAUAGAAGAACUCCCAAUAGUUCUGCAAGAACGUGACGAUCAAAUUAAGGCUCUGGUGGGACAAAUAGAACAAUACACCAAAGAAGCGAAUAAUAAUGUACAAAUCAUUGAAGGCUUGAAAAUGCAGCUAGAGAAAGAAUCAAGUUUUCCAACACUUAAUCUGCACACCAAAAUUGGCUUCCUCCAGCAAAAGACACAGGCAGCAGAGCAAAAAGCAUUUGAAGCAAAGCGUAUGGCUGACCUUGCAGAGAGAGAUGCUAGGGAAAAAGACAAGGAACUGGCGGAAAUGCUGAUUCAACUCAGGGCAUAUGAAUCAGGUGUUUAUGGAUUGGAAAAUGCUGUUGCAGAGAUUAAGGAAUGCAAGAACCAUAUCAAAAUCCGAGAUCAUCAAAUUGAAGCAGCGACAAAGGAGAUAAACAAGCUUGAAAUGAAGAUAAAUGAUCUUUUGGAUGAAAAUGAAAAUUUCCGGCAACGCUUAGGCCUUGCUGCAAAUGAAGUAAUUGACCUAAGUGAAUUUAGGAAAAUCAAGUAUUUGAAACAGCAGCAGUUUCAAGCAGAGAACCAGAUUCUGCUAAAAGAGAUUGAACGCCUGGAGGAAGAAAGACUUGUGUUAAAGAGGCAGAUUCGUAGGAUGGCUCAAGACAAAGGCAUGCAAGCAGGUGUGGGAGGAAUAUCAGCCGAGGACCUGGGGUUGGUGGAUCCAUUUAAUGAGAAGAUAAAUUCUAGCAAAGAGACAGAACUGUCAAGUUCAGUCAACUUUGAGUUAAACCGCCAGAAUCGUCAAAUCCGGGGGGAGUUACUGAACAAAGAAGGAGCAUACCAGAACGCAGAAUUUGAACUCGCCAAGCUCAACAGGCAAAUAAUGCAGAAUGAAUAUAUUUCAAGAGAAUUGGAAGUAAAGGAAAAAGAACUGGAAAAAACAAGGACCGAAAUUGCUCAACUACAGGCCAAAUUAAAAGAACUGAUGGAAGAGAAUCAGCAAUUUGAAAGUGGUAUGAAAGAUAUUUUACAUGCCAUAAAGAAUACUCAAGUUGAAGGCAUUUCAAAAGGAGGGGAAGAAAUCCUUAAGAUAGAAAGUCUGGAGAAACUAGUUACUGCAAUCGAGAGAAAGAAUACCACAGAUAAAUUUAACAGUGAUACCCACCUGAAAGCACAAUUAGACCAGAUGAAGGGGAGGAAUGAGGAACUUCGACAGGAGCUUAAAGAGGCACGCAAAGAGGCUGGUAUAGCUGGCAACCAGCUGGCAAAAGCUACAGAAAGGAUUACAAACCUGGAGAGUGAGCUAACUUUGUUACGACAAUCUGGAGGAUGCAGUGUUGUCUUCCAACCUCUCGCUUUGCCAGAAGGAAUGGUACCCUCUAGUAUUGAUGUCAUCAAUACACUGAAUGAAUAUUUGGUGCAACUUCUACAGGAAAUCUCAAACAAAGAAAAAGAAGGAAAAAAACUACAAGAGGCCGCCGAAGAUCACAAACGCAAAUUUGCAGUAAUCCGUCAUCAACAAGGAUUGCUCUAUAAGGAAUAUCAAAGCGAAAGGGAAUCCUGGCAAAAGAAUAUUCAAAAAAUUGAAGAAGAAAAGAAAAAGCUUGAGGAUUUAAAAGAGCAGGAUCAAGUGAAAAUAGAGGAAUAUAAUCAACUACUGGAAACACUUCAGGUGGAUCCGGAUGAAAUGAAGAAGAAGCUUGCAGGGCUCACUAGCAAGUUAACUGUGCUGCGGGUUAAUGAAAGUUCCUUAACAAGGCGUUACACAACCCUGGUAGAAAUGGAACAGCACUUAAGGAAAGAAAAUAACAAGCUCAAGGACGAAAUAAUAGCCAUGGAGGCAGCAGUUAGUGAAAGAAUUGGAUACUUGCAAAGAUUCAAGGUAACCGUCGAAUUAAGUCUGAGUGUAAAUAAAACAGAACCUGAUUCCUUGAACUUUUCCCCAAUAUAAAUAGAGGGUUUAUGUCCUUGAUGUCCAGAGCAGAAGACUAGUUUUACAGAUUCAUUUCUGCCAAAGGUAUGUCCUGAAUGCUGUGCCAUCAAUCAAUUUCAAUAAUUGGUUUGCCUUGCUCACAUUGCCAUAUCUCAACUUGGAUACCAGAGUGUAGCAGUGCUACCCCCAGUCAGUUUUCUAGUCAUCCACAUCUGUGCUUCUUUGUUAUGUCUUUUCCAAAGCUGAACCCUUAAUACAGUUGCACCAUUAACCUCAGAACAAAGGAUUUGU